AAAAACCACCUUGUUGAUUGAUAAAAUAGCUCGCACCGAUAAUAACUAUCCCUACCUUUUAUCUCCAUAUACCUUCAUGGUUAUCCUAUAAUCAAAUCAUUCUAUUACUUCCAAUAUAAAUAAAGCGAUAUCAUCUUGUAUUUCUAUCUAGAUAUCUCUUUUUUUUCUAUCUUUCUUGGUAGCACAAUUAGAAAAUAAUACAAUCUACAAUCUACAAUCUACACUGAUACACUGAUACACUGAUACACUAAUUCCCUUGCAUUUUUCUUUUUUAUCAAUAAAAAUGUCUCACUGCUUCAACCACCACAUAAACUCGACUUUGAUCUCUUCAAAGCCUUUACUUCACUAUCAUCACAAUAACAAUAGUAUCAACGAUUCCCACGUUUUUGCUCAGACAAAUAUCAAAACUUCAUCUUCAACCUCAAUGUUCACAACAACCUUGUCUUCUCAGAAUCAUUCAAUCACAAAAAAUUAUAAUACUACUACUACUACUGAUUAUAAUAAUGAUAAUGAUAAUAAUGAUAAUAAUGAUAAAAAGAGAAAAACUAUACCCGUCUUAUUGCCCUCGCUAGGUAGCACUUUAAAUAACUAUCACUACUCUGAUAACAGCGAAAACUUUUCAAAUCUGGAAAUUCCAUUUUCUUUAAGAAAAUCCAAAUCCUCAUUUUAUAAUAAAUACUCAAAAAACAUUGAGUUACCUCCCUUAAGAUCAAUUACUCCCCUAAAACACAACAUUGAAAACACCAAUAAUCAAUUUAGUUAUACUAAUUCUCCUUCUCCAAAUAAUUUGAACAUCAAAUUAAAUGACCAUUCUUCAUGCUUGAACGCAACCCAACCUACCUCACCUCUUCAGAACAACUCAGAUCUAACUACAAUAACCAUCACAUUGCCAAUAAAUUCUAACUUAUUCAAGAAUAUCUCCCCUGGCUCUUUUUCUGACAAUAACAGUCUUAACAAUAUAAUAAAUGAUACAAUAAUAAAUUCAGUCAAGCAAGCCACAACUCAAGCUGCUAACCACAUUUUUAAUUUUUCAAACAAUAACACCUCUUCCAAAUUUGAACAUUCAACUACUCACAAUAACCAAUCAGAAAUACAGCAAAAUGGUUUGCAUCCAAAUCAAAAUAACCACCUUACCACUGAUACUAAAAACAUAGAUGACAUAAACAGCAACAACAACAACAACAACGGUAAUGGUAAUAUUAAUAUUAAUGCCAACGCAAAUAUCAGCAACAAUAUCAAACCAAACUACCUUAACCAAUCUCACUGCAAAAAGAAAAGACAAAGAGUUGGCCCUUCUUGUGAUUUGUGUAGAUCAAGAAAAGUCAAAUGUGAUGCUGAAAUCAUAGUCAUUAGAAAUUUAAAUCCCACCUCAAAUCAAAAAAAUACCAAAAUAAAAUCUGACAACUCAGAAACAGAAAACAAUGAAUAUCAAGUGAUAAAAAACUUCAAUCUCAAAGACUACAAUUUGACUGAAAAAGAGUUGCAAAUGAUCUACGACAAAUACAACACUGCUAAAAAGGAACAGUUUCACCUAACCUCUUCCAUCUCUGGCAUGAUCACUCCCAACGCAUCCCAGACCUCCUCUCCAAGACUAAAUGGCCUUGGAAAUGGCCUUGGAAAUGACGCUGAAUACGAUGAAUACAAUGGCUACCUCUACAUCAAAACCCAAACAAAGCUCAUCAGAUUCAAGCCUUGCAAUGCCUGCACCGCUAGAAGCGUCAAAUGCUGCUUCUCCAGAGGCUUUACCAGAGAGGACAUGGUGAACAACAACAAGAGACGCAAGCUAUAACUCUAUUCCACAUACCCAUUGCACUAUGUAGUUUGUACCACUAAUCUAUACUAUAUCUCACGCCCUUUACCAC